CUGAAUUAGCUAAAAAAUGGAGGAAAUUUACCUGGAGUUAUUCUCCACCGAAGGAGAUGAAUUCUUCGCACCAAUAGAGACCCUCGUGGUCCUCUUUACGAUGCAAUACUGCGACUCGAGGCUCGAGAUCACCUUCGUCCUCACAAAACAGCCGAUCGAGGUGAACGCGUAUCCAAUCACGGUCGAGAACUUCUCUUACAAAGUACUCAAUGCCGAUGAAAUUCCGGAGAUUGCGGACUCCUGUCAACUCCCCAACCUAAAGCUCAACAGUAUGAGUCUAGUGGCUGGUCUCUGCGCUUGCCUGCGCCAGAUCAUCAAGCUCUCCAUCGCAGAAUCCCCCGAACACCACUGCAGACACCUCCUGGGCUUCAAGACCUCCAGCCUGCUCGCUCCCUCCGAGUCCAGCCCCUGGACAAGAUUCUGCGAGGUAGAACUCAUCUCAACCCUGAGAACAAUGGAAUAUCCUGCCACUUCGUCUGGAGAAAUACCGGAAACAUUGGCGAGAUUCGAAGUCCACAUGUGUCAGCCAGUUCGACUCCACAACAUCUAUAAAUACACAAUGUCGAAGAAGUUCUCCAGUGAUGGAACAGCAACGCAGGAGCGUGUUCUGCCCGAGCAUCUUUACGCAGAGGGAUCCUUCAUGACAUUAGCAGACGUCAUCAUAUUUCUGUGCAUCACUGUCUACCUCAGAAUUGUCACAAAUCCUCGAGUGCUCGAGCUUAUUCCAUUAACUGCCAAGUGGCACCACAGAAUGAUGAAUGAUGAGCAUUUGAGUAAAUGUCUGAGCUUCAUAGCCCUUGAAUUCGCACCCCCAUUGAAUACCGAGUAUUUCUCUGAACAUUUACCCAAUCAGAGUCUGUACAAGAGCGAUGUCAAGCGAUAUAAACCUCGGAAUAAGAUUUACACAAAACAGGAGGACGUGGAAAACUCCAUGAAGAUAAUAGAAAAUACUGGAGUUGAUUUGGGGAUGAGCAGUGAGUCCCUGGGCGCAGAGAUUGAGAUUGACUGGGGGGAGAUCCCCUUCGAAGCGAAUCCUGAUGGGGGGUCUCUGCCCUCUACACGAUCGAAACGAAAAUUCCAACAGCUGGAGAAUCUCUGCAGACCUGUAUUGAAAUUGGCUAAGCCUGGAGAUGUUAUUGUUGAUUUUUGCUCUGGGAGCGGACAUCUGGGGAUAUUAAUCGCGUAUUUGAGGAAGAAUUGCACUGUUAUUCUACUGGAGAAUAAGGAGGAGUCGCUGAAUAGAUCAAAAUUGAGGGUUAAGAAAUUGAAAUUGGAUAAUGUCCGGUUUUACCAAUGCAAUCUUGAUUAUUUCAAGGGAAAAUUUGACAUCGGAACUUCUCUGCAUGCAUGUGGUGUUGCAACUGAUUUGGUUAUUCAACAUUGCAUCAGGAGAAAUGCUGUCUUUGUCUGCUGUCCCUGUUGCUAUGGGUCUGUACAGGAUUGUCUUAAUAUUUCGUAUCCAAGGAGCAACGUUUUCAAAAGGGUUAUCAAGUUGAGGGAUUAUUUGGUAAUUGGGCAUGCAGCUGAUCAGACCCACGAUGAGAAGAAUCUCAAGACCAAACAGGGGUAUCGGUGCAUGAGGAUUAUCGAUGGCGAUAGGAAAACGCAGGCUGAGGAGUGUGGAUACACGGUUCUCAUCACUAAACUUGUGCCUGAGAGUUGUACACCAAAAAAUAAUUUAUUAGUGGGUAUUCCCGGUGAUGAAUUUGUGAAUAAUUGUCUUGCGAGCGCCCUUCAAAAUGUUCGUUUACCUUCGAGCAUUGUUUAAUGGGAGGAUAUCGCUGAACACUGCGAGACCAGACGUUUGACUCUGUUUUGUGAUUAUUCAACAUUGCGGUAAAAGGAGGGGAUUAUCCUAGCAAUACGACCUGAUAUUGCCAAUAAUUUGUAUAAUAUUUCACAGUCAAUUUUAUGAAGAGAUCUUUAUUUGAUAUGUACAAAAAGAGGGGAUAAAUUUGCAUUCUCACGAAAUAUACAAAUCAUUUGAUUUUUA